AUGGCCAGCAGCUUGGCUGCAUGGUUGGCCAAUGGUAAUGAUGUGAUCUCCUCUGAUGAAGAUGUGUCCAACUCCCCUGAUGUUGAAGGCAAAGAAUAUUGUCCAGGUGAUGCUGCACCUGCAAAUCCUGCAUGGUUCCCAUGGCCCAAUAAACAGGUCAUCCUCUGGGGACUUGCAAUCCUUGGAGUUGAUAAUGUUCCCUCUGUGAAGAUGCUCAAAGAUAUUGACAAUUCCCUCCAGGCCCAAUAUGGGAUUCCAUUGGUCUGUUAUCAAGGUGCGCUUGGCCAUGUCUAUUAUGUCAACCACCUGCCUUCUAUCAUCACACAACCAUGGCAAGUGACAAGGUGGCUGUAUGAGAGUGAUCCCACUGUUGCCACACCCAUGAUUUGUGAAGGCUGUCAAGAUUUUUAUGUGUUUGAGCUGGCGAAGUUGAUGGAUGGCACAAUGGUCAUUCCCGAGUGCUGGUAUACAAAACCCUCUGCAUUACUAACUUCUCCUCCCUUUGAGCUUGAGUAUUGGGCCUGCGCAUGUCAACCCAACCCAUGCAAUAUCAUAGAGACAAGAGGACAUGGUGUCCUCCCAUGGACAUUGACUGAUCCUGUGGUUGGGAAUAUAUGGCACACAUGUGCAAAGGGGCACCAUGUCCUCAGUUACAUGAUAUGGCUUUAUUGUGAUGACACCUCCAGCAAUAUGUCAAAGAAGUGGAACAAACACAACUCAUUUCUCUUCACUGCAGCUGGUCUCCCACAUGCUCUGGUCCACAAAGAGAGCAACAUCCAUUUCCUCACCACAUCUAACAUUGCUCCCCCCCUAGAAAUGCUUGAUGGUAUUGUGGCCCAACUUGAUACUGGCCAGGAGGAAGGGAAGAUGCACAUGAUGCUGGAAGAACUUACAUGGAUGGUACUCAGCAAAUACAAAUGUGGUGGUGUAGGUUCAGGUUCAAAGGCUGAGUAUCAGCUACACUUUGCCUUCCUGCAUUAUUAUGGGAGGGCCCAUCAAUAUGUUGUGGGGAGAACUGUGAGCAAUGAUAGUGACUUGGAGAGUGGUGGUGAAGGGGCCACACAAGCAAGUGCCAAAGGGUCCAUGAAUGAACCACCUGCAAAACAUGUCAGGACAGAUCUUGACUGGCUUGGAAAGGACAUGAAGAACAAUAAAUGGCAUGAGUUUUUCAACUUGAUCAUCACUCAGGAUCAAGAACUGUAUGGCAAGAACAUUGGAUCCAUCCUACUGCCUCUCCCCAGCAUGUACACAGAAUCACCAGCUACUGUUUCUUCUGCCCCUCAUGCACUGCCUACUCCUGGAAAUCACAGCACAUCUCGUAUAGCCCAGCUGUCUGUCAUUAGGCAAUCCUCUGAGACCAACACAUCACCACAACCUGCCUGCAGUCAUUGCUUGGAGGGUUUGCAUGCUGAGGACAGUAAUGAGGAUCUGCUGAGCAAGAAUUUCUAG